AUGGCUGCUAACAACUACAAUGUCGUCAGCUUCGGUGCUAAACCGGAUGGUCGAACCGACUCAACAAAAGCCUUCCUCGGCGCGUGGCAAGCUGCUUGCCGUUCAGCUGCAAGUGUUACUGUAACGGUCCCGAGAGGAAUCUUCUUUCUAAAACCGGUGGUGUUUCGCGGUCCGUGCCGCAGUAGAAUCACUUUUCAGAUAUACGGAACCAUUGUAGCUCCUUCGGAUUACCGCGGUCUUGGAAACUCCGGUUAUUGGAUAUUGUUCGUACAAGUUAACCGGAUCACGAUCAACGGAGGAACAUUAGAUGCUAGAGGUGCUUCUUUUUGGGCUUGUCGAAAAUCCGGAAAGAGUUGUCCUGAUGGCGCCCGAUCAAUAACGUUUAAUUGGGCAAAUGACGUCGUAGUGAGCGGUUUAACGUCAAUAAACAGCCAAGCAACACAUAUGGUGAUAAACAGCUGCAACAAUGUAGUUGUCCGGAGAGUAAAGCUAGUGGCUCCAGACCAAAGUCCCAACACAGACGGCCUCCACGUCCAAGCUUCUGCUGGUGUUACCGUGACCGAUAGCACGUUUCAAACCGGAGAUGAUUGUAUCUCUAUCGGCCCCGGAACUCGUAACCUCUACAUGUCUAAACUCAACUGCGGUCCAGGCCAUGGAAUCAGUAUUGGGAGUCUAGGGAGAGAUGCUAACGAAGCUGGAGUACAGAACAUAACGUUGAUAAACUCUGUUUUCUCGGGUUCGGAUAAUGGUGUUCGGAUCAAGACGUGGGCUAGGCAAAGCACAGGUUUUGUAAGGAAUGUUUUGUUUCAGAAUUUGGUCAUGAAGAAUGUUCAGAAUCCAAUCAUUGUCGAUCAGAAUUAUUGUCCGACUCAUCAAGGUUGUCCCAAACAGGGUUCUGGAGUGAAGAUUAGUGAGGUUGUUUAUAGAAACAUUCAAGGAACGUCGCGGUCUCAACAAGCUUUAACGUUUGAUUGCAGCCGAAGUAAUCCGUGUCAAGCGAUUAGAUUGCACGAUAUUAAGCUAACGUUCAACGGCCGAUCUGCUACUUCCACGUGUAAGAAUAUUAGAGGAGUUAAAGCUGGUGUGGUGAUGCCACAAGGUUGUCUUUGA